AUGUCGGUCAUUCCAUUUAUCCUCGCUGGCCAGUUCGAAGAGGUCGGCAAGGCCUUUAGCGAGGCUGUAAAGCCUGACUUUGAAGUUGUCUACUUUACAACCUCUCCUCAGACCGCCCUAACGGAUAUUCCCCUUGUUCUCAAAGGCGAGAUCCCAACGCCCUCCUCUAAGGUCGGGUCCGGGAACUUAGCCAACGGCUCCCCUAAGGCCAUCGUUGUCGGCGCCCAGGCGUAUGAUGACACCUGGAUCGAGGCCGCCCGCCAGGAGUUGCAUGCUGCUGGCAAGAAGGUUCCUAUCCUUAAGCCUGAUGUUACGGGUGCUCAGGGAGGCGGUGUUGGAGCCGGAAGCCAGGGUGAUAGGGCUCAGGCUGCCGCGGAGAGAGUCGCCACCGCGUUGAGGAAGCUGGAGGCCGAGGGAAAGUUGGAGGGGAGUGAUGACGGGGUCUAUAUUUACUAG